CUGUACAUUUACGUGAAAUGCUGAAGCACCCAGAGAGUCGAGAUCUGCCAUCGAUGGCGCCGGACAGCAUCACUCCACAGACCUCUUACAGUUCGGCCGACUUCAGUGAUCGAGAAUUUGGAAGUCAUACAGGCGAUAGCUUCAACGGAUUCGACCAUCAAGAAGCGUAUCACAUAAACAACGCUGACAAGACGGACAUGCUGAAUCAUGAACCAGAGUAUUAUAGCUACCAAAAGAGACUUGACACUUACGCUAGGUGGCCAGCCUACAGCCCAAUGUAUCCCAGUGCUUUAGCUGCUGCGGGUUUCUUCUACACUGGGACAGAUGAUCGAGUAGAGUGUUUCAAGUGUGGUUUGCAUUUACGGCAGUGGAAGGCUGACGAUGACCCGUGGAUUGAGCAUAAACGACAUCGACCCGCUUGUCGGUUUGUCAGGGAAUGUGAAAAUGAGGUGACUUGUCGUCCUGUGGAAGCUUCUACCUGUGUCCAAGAACCGAGCCAGCCUUCUUUUACACCAGCUUUCCCAAGAUAUGGAGAUCGCAUGUAUCAAACCGAGCAACAUGGCAGUCCACGUGACGAUCCUGAAGAGUUGGUAUAUCCGGAAAGACCACAGUAUGCCACCCAAGGGGGAGGGGAAGGAGGAGUGUAUGGCAACCAAGAGCGGUCCUACCCUGUUGAUAGUCAAAACGGUUUUCAACCAGUUUAUUAUCCAGCGGGAACACAAGAGUUUCAAGGAAUAGAGCCGAGAUUUGUUGAGUACACAGGACACGAACAAACAGGAACAGACAGAAAUAAACACGUGGUGGUGAGACAGGGCUCAAAUCAGGUGCACAUAGUGGGAUCAGCAGUCUACCGACUUAAUCCUGAAGACAAACUUUACAUACAUGGCGGAGGACAAGGUUACCCCCCACAGGUGAGGUCUGAAAGAGAAUUACAACCUGUUUACCAAGGAGCUCAUCAGACGAGUCGACUUCCGUCUGUUGAGAAAUGCCUCACUGGUUCACAUCCUGCUCCCAGAGAACCCAUCCAGUUUGGUUCACAAGUACAAAUGCCUGGUGGAACCCAGUUUCCUCAGUCGACUGUUUCUUACCCACCGAGCAAUGUUGGGCCAUUUGGAAAGCAAGUUGGGUACCAGUACCCCAGCGAGAAAGGUUCAGCCGGUGAAAAUACUCCCACGUUUCAAGAAGGAGGUUCAAACGUAAAGCAUAUGAUGCAGCCGUUUCGAGAAGGCGAUAAAAUUGAAUACGGAAGAGAUGCAUUGCACGAAACAAGAGCAUCCAUACAACUGUAUGAGGCAGAGAGAAGGACAUCGCGCGAGGAUCAACUUUUGCAAGAAAACUGUUAUAGCCCUCAGCAGUAUCCUGGAACAAACUCUGAAAGAGAUGUAACAGGCACUAAGCCUCAGCCACCCCAAGAUAGAAGCAGGCGGCAGACUCCCCCCGGUCGUAUGGUCCAUGGUACGAGAAGGCCUUCUCCAGCCUUUAUGGCCUUUCCAGUUAAAGAUCCGAGCCUUCAGACAGCUCAGCGGCCGCUGAUAAGACAGGAAGAAGCAAGGCAUGUGACGUCAUCAUCCGACUUGUCCAACGAACAUCAUCGUCUGACGACAUUUGUUGACUGGCCGCAUGACCACCCUAUACGUGCGUGGGAUCUGUCGGCCGCGGGAUUUUAUUACCUGGGUACUGGUGAUUCAGUCAAAUGCUACAAGUGUAGCAUUAUGCUCCACAACUGGGACCCCACGGACACUCCCUGGGGGGAGCACAAGAAGUGGUCGCCCAGGUGCCCCCUGGUUUUAGAGCACAAUAGUAGGCCACAGCAUGUCCAGAGGCAGAACACAGCGCCUGAACAACGCGUCCAGCCUGCUCAAGAGGAUCGUCAACGCGGACGCUUGGAUCAGGGUCCAAAUGAUCGACAGGUGCCAUACAGGAGUGGUAACCCGGCUCGGCCUGUUUAUGGUACAUGGGAAGGAUCAGAACAGUAUCCAGCAAGCAAAGUGUCUAAUGGCUCAACUCCACGGAAUCCAUCAACAGAAGAGCAGCGCUCGCCCUGGUAUACCCAGCCUAUGGCGACUUCAUCGGGGGAGGGUCACAUGACUAGUGGAGGUCAGACCGGUCGUACUGAAGAAUCUAACUCGAGGAGGUCAAGUGAAACUGUCCAAGGGCCCCGCUCUUGCUCUCCCAGAGGAAGUACCACAAUAGAAUUCGACAUGGAGAAACUGGCCGAUAUGGGUUUCACUCAGCGAGAAAUACAAGACGUAAUUGCUUUUCAAAUGGAAACUACAGGAUCAAAUUUCAGCUCGUAUCCCGAGCUCGUUUCAGCUCUGUUGGAAAGGCAGCAGGCGAGAUCCCCGGGCUACAAAUCGUUCCCUCAGCCAAUGACUCAAGAAGACGAAAGGCCACCUUCUCCGCCACGCCUCGACUUACCCGCGGAAGUGCUCCCGGGUAUGACCAGUCUGCGAGAAAACGAAGACUUCCGAGAGAGGAAUUGCCUGAGUGCUGUGACGUCACCUACUACCCUUCUACCGAACAGGACCAGCCUGCGUCGAACCCUUAGCGCGCCAGCGUCAAGAUCGUCGGAAUCGGAAGAAUCACUGGAGGAGAAACUGGAACGAAUGCAGGAGGAGCGCACAUGCAAAAUCUGCAUGGACGCCGAAGUGGGUGUGGUGUUCCUGCCUUGCGGUCAUUUCAGUUGUUGUGCUGACUGCGCGAAUGGCAUAGAGUUGUGUCCAAUGUGUCGUAGCCCGAUACACGAGAUGGUCCGUACGUACUUAUCUUAAAAACCACUAGUUAUUAUCUACUAGUGAGUGGUCCUUUUAAAAGGGUUAUAGCACAGGAAGACAACAACGCUAUGUUGUCGUCGGUUCACAUGUUCUGUAGAUACUGCACUAACAUUUGAUAACAGAACCUCGUGCAGGCUGUGCUGGUAACAAGUUGUUGACAUUUUCUUUUCCGUUAUACUAACAGGCUCAUUGAAAAGGUUAAGUUACUCUUUUUUAACCGGGGCAGCCGUCGCGAGAUAACUUCUUUGUUAGGUGGUUUCAUUUUCUUUAAGAAGGGAGGAAUAGAAUAUUAUAUUUUAGGGAACUUCGUAAUCGCUUAUAGCCAGAUUAGCAAAACAGCAAGCAAGACUGCUCAAAUUGACUGCUUUUUUUAAUCAGUAGUAGUAGAUACACAAGAUUAGAAUUCAGAACUUAGUAAAAGUUUUGACCAUAACAGGAUAAGGCAUGCGCAGUGCGGGCUAGUGGGCAAACGUUCUUGCAAGCUAAUUGGCUGAUUCGAUAGAAACAGUUCGUGGCACCGCGCGCGGUUUUUUCAUGUACUGCCAAAAAGUAAAAAACACUAAGCAAUAAGACUGAUCACUCUUGUCUUUCACGCGGCUCUUGGCCGCUCGUCAACUGUCGGACAAUAGAUAUCUCUAGCUCGCAUCCUGACUGUUUAUCGCUCGUCAUAAUGUUAACAAGCAAUAUUUCAGAUUAACAGUUUUGUUUCUGUAGAGGAACGAGAAAGCUAUUAUACACUGCUAUUCAGCAAGAAGCGGAAAAAAUAUUUCCAGGGUGAUCAAGUAGAACUGAGAUUUUUACGUUUCAAUUAGCACACCUUGCAUGAGGUUAGAUUUGCAUUGAUUGAAUUAUUUUGGUAGCAGAUUUACAUCAUUGAUUUUAUUGAGUGCUUAAUGAAGGGUUUCAAAUUGAUUGUUGUGUAAGUUUGAACCAAUCAGAGAGCUGGAAAAUCCGUUGGGUAUUCAGCGAUAUCUAACUAAUCUAAGUGUACGUCAACGGUAACUUUUUUCAGUUCAUGUGUCGCUGCUAUUAGGGAGUUUAAGCAAACCACGACGGAUACGCCAAGGGGAAAUUGACGUCACCGAACAAAGGGUUCAAUGAGCAAACAAUGGCUGUGCACGUGCGUUAUAAAUCUUGGUAUAUUUCUUAGCCAUCCUCUGCAAUACCACAACGUGAAAUAACCAAGUUCUGCGUAUUUUGGAGAACGUGAUUGACGGCGGCUAAUUUUUCUUAUAUUCAUUUGGAAUUGAAUGCUGGCAUGACGUAUUUAACUUGAGCAAGUUCUGAGACCGAUAGGUGCAUUGAACAGAUGAAAUAGAAAUUCAUUUUUUACCAGGCGCUGUCCUUGGGGUUUCCGUCGUCAUUGCUUAAACUCUGUUGUCUUCAACGGGACUGCUUGAACGUCGAUUCAAAUAGUCGUGCUUCCCUUCCAUGACCUACGCGUUCAUUCAGACUUAAGAUUAGUUCAUUGAAAUUAAAAUAAACAUGGUAAUUUUCAGGUUUUCUCCCACUGGCAAGUUGUUAAAGUAUAGACUAUUCCACGCUCGGAAAUGAGAUAUGAUCUUCUGAAGAUACCUCAUAACUUCUUUUAUUAAAAACUAGAUCAUUGAAUAA